GGUUAAUUGUCAUGGUAAUAUGAAUUAAAAUCCAACCAAAUUCAUUCAUUUUAAAAUUAUAAAUCGUAAUUUCAAAAUUGAUAUAAAAUCAUUCGAACAAUCUAAUGUAGUAUUUAUUUCACUUAUAACUUUCUUUCUAUAUUAGCUAUUACUCUAAUUAAUAAAUGACUGAAUUAGUUGGAACAUGGAAAUAUCUUGAAAGUUCCAAUGUGGAAGAAUUGUCUAGUGAAUUAGGUGAUUACAUAUAAAACAAUUUUUUUUAUUUUGCAAUUUUAAAAAAUAAUCAGGAACUCCUAAUGAUGUAUAUAAUAUUAUCAAUAAAAUGAAAUCAAAUAUGAUCAUAGAUUUGGAUGAUAACGAAGUACGUAUAAAAAUGAUAAUAUGUGAUCAAGAAUUGGAUCAAUCAUUUGAAUUGGGUCAAGAAGUUGAAGAAUUAACAUUUGAUGGACGAAUCGUUCGAGCUAUUGUGACCAUUGAAUCAGACAAGAAAAUGGUACAUGUACAAAAACAUGGCUUUACGGAAACUGUCAUUACACGUGAAGUUGAUGGCGACACACUGAUGACAACAAUAAAAUCUCAGCAGCAUGUAGCAACUAUCAAGUAUCAACGUGUUUGACGUGAUCAUUGGUAAAUGUCUCAUUGUUUAGUACUUUAAAUAAAUGAUGUUUAAAUAAAUAAACAUAUGAUGUUACACUACAGUUUACUUAUAUAGUACUUUAUUGGUUACAAUGAAAUUGUUAAUUUAUACCCUACAAUAACUACCCAAUGAAUAUAACUUUGAUAAUAGAAUCGUAAUUUUCUAAUUAAAAGUAAAAUAAAAUCAAUUCAUGAAAUAUUAUAUUGAUUUGUAUUGAUUUUCAAUAUGUUUGAUUAUGUUUGUAAAGAUGUGAUAUUGUAGUAAGCGGAAACAUAAGCAGAGAAUACAGAAACCCAUAGUAAAAUCUGAGAACCAUACAGUAAAUGCUUCAUUUG